UGUGACUCGUGCUCGGUCGAGACAGGAAAACAAAGCCGAGUCGUGUCAAGAUGUUUUCAUGGAGUCGACAAGACUCGAAUGUGUUUCUUUCCUUUUAGCGACUCACAUGUAACGUCAGUGUAAGUUCUUUGCUAACUUUUAUCCCUUCACAUUUUUUCAAAGGCAGUAUUAGCGAAGGUGCAGCUAGCUAGUUUUACGUGGACUCGCAUUCGGCGUGUAUUGGAUGAAUGUUAUUUUUUCAUGAAAUACCAAGACAUUUGAAGACAAGACAUCAUGAAGUAGCGGGGACAUCACAGGGGUUAGUUAGUUCAGGCUAAAUGCCAAGGACCUCCAAGGAUUCAUUCUUUUGCUCCAAAGUCCCUGUUUGGAGGAUGCAAGAUAAGAUACAAACUCUGCCUUGGGCUCUUUUGGUCGUUAUUUGACUUGUUAAAUUCUGUAGAACUUUGGUUUUGGAGUAGACCGUAAAGGCCACACUCCAGAGCAAAUGUACGGAUGAUAGUGUAGUGAUUUGUUUCUGCAAGGCAAGGAGAAAAAUGUCCUGGUGGAACCACAGACAGGUCACGUGGUUCCUCUAUCUGUAGCAUACAUGGAACAUAUCUAGGAACAUCUUUCCCACGCACGCGAUGGCUCAGUGAUUCCCCUCCAGGACUGUCUUGAUGCCGCCAUGCCACCGCCAAACAGCUGCUCCAUCAACGCUGCCUCUCCUGACGAGAGCGAAGACGUGGAGCCGCUCCUCCGCGAUGACACGGUUCCUCCUCGGUGUUGCUCGGCUCGCUUCAAUCUGGCCAUCCUGAUGUUCCUGGGCUUCACCGUGGUCUACGGCCUGCGCGUCAACCUCAGCGUGGCCAUGGUGGCCAUGGUGAACACCUCUGAUGCCGGGCUGGGCCGCAACAGCUCUGUCGCCCACGCCUGUCCGCUUCCUGCCGGGUGGGAGAACAGCAGUGGGGCGUUUGAGCAGCCUGACGGGACCCCCCAGUACCCGUGGGACUCGGAGACUCAAGGCUGGCUUCUGGGGGCUUUCUUCUUUGGCUACCUGUGCACACAGAUCCCCGGUGGUUACCUGUCGGGCCAUUACGGAGGGAGCAUCUUCCUCGGUUUGGGUGUCCUGGGCACCGCCGCUCUCACCAUCCUCACCCCACUGGCCGCCCAGUGGGGGCCCUACUGGCUGUUUGCCCUGCGUGCGCUGGAGGGCCUGGGGGAGGGUGUGACGUUCCCAGCCAUGAUGGCCAUGUGGGCCCACUGGGCUCCGCCUCUGGAGCGCUCCCGUCUCAUCACGCUGUCGGGGUCCGGGUCCAACUUCGGAGCCUUCGUGGCUCUGCCUCUGACCGGCUUCCUCUGCCAGGCGCUGGGCUGGCCCGCCGUCUUCUACCUCUGUGGGGGCGCCGGCUGCGUGUGGGCGGUCCUCUGGUUCAUGCUGGUGUCAGACGACCCCCGCACCCACAGGCGCAUCAGCCAGGAGGAGAGAGAUUACAUUGUCUCCUCCGUGGGGAACCAGGGUGGGGGCCACGGCUGGUCGGUGCCGCUUCUACGCAUGAUGACGUCAGUGCCGCUGUGGGCCAUCGUCGUCACGCAGAUGUGCUUCAACUGGUCCUUCUACACGCUGCUCACCUCCCUGCCCACCUACAUGAACAACAUCCUGCACUUUGACCUCAAGUCGAAUGGCUUCCUGUCCGCUCUGCCCUACCUGGCGUCCUGGAUGGGCUCCUUGCUCACCGGCAUCUUGGCCGACAGCCUCAUCGAGAGGAAGGUGUUCAGCGUCACGACCGUACGCAAGCUCUUUACGCUGACAGGUAUGCUUCCUCCUGCCGGCUUCCUGCUGGCGCUGGCCUACGCCGGCUGCGACCACGUCCUCACCGUCACCUUCCUCACGCUCUCGUCGGCCACAGCGGGCACCAGCGCGCCCGGGGUCUUCCUCAACCAGAUAGACAUCGCCCCGAGGUAUGCUGGCUUCCUCCUGGGAAUCACCAACAUGUUCGGCACCGUUCCCGGUGUGGUCGCCCCCAUCGUGACAGGAUAUUUCACUGAGGACCACACCAUGGCAGGCUGGAGGAAAGUCUUCCAGGUCUCCGCCGCCAUCAAUGUGGGCGGUGCCUUCUUCUACGCUCUGUUUGGCAGCGGCGACAUCCAAGCGUGGGCCGUGGCGGAGGAAGACGAGGGAGGAGCUGAGAGGAAGAGCAGCCGCCCGGUGUCCACGUGAACGCAGCACCGGGUUGUCACUCUCCACCAAUGAGACGCUCCAUGAUACUUUUGAAUUAGCAUCAUCUUCUCUUUUCUCACCACGGCAACACUUGAAGCGGGGUCAGCUUUCUUGGGUGGCUUCUAAUGCAGGUCAAAAUGUCCACGACGCAUCAUAUUUCUUCCGUAAUUACUCCAAAACAUUACACAAGAAAAGCUUGACACGGGAAGGAGGAUGGAUGGACAGGCGGAUCUGUGUUUGUAUUUCCAGCCUUUUUGCCAUUUUAGCUGUUGUUUUGCCUGGUUGUGUGUGGGACAUGUCCCGUGGAGGCACUAUGCCGGACGUUGGACACAAAGCAAGUAUGAUGUGUGGAAGUACGACCACCUUCUAUGUUGUUUUGAAGAAGACAUCCUGCAGCCUUUGGAAGCAAUGAGUGAAGUGGUUGCUUUGAAUCAGGAACGAGGGCGUAGCAGUGAAUACUUCUUUUAGUAAACUUUCAUGAGACCACUUUUCAUUCAUCAUAAAUCUUGAUUUAAACAUUUAACAAGCCAAAGAUGGUGCAACCUGCUCUUAAAUUGUGGUGCUGGUUUUAUACUUUAGCUACUUUAUUGUUGUGGACACGAUUUGAAAUUGUAAUAUUAAAAAACACACUCAAGCAUUCCCCUCACAUUUGGACGAUUGUGUGUU